CCUCUUUUGCCUACCCGAACAUUCACCACCCCAUUACCAAGCACUCCAGACGACCUCGUCUACACUCGCCCACACUUCAGGAUCCUGCCCUCUGGAUCCUUCCGGCAUACUCUAGCAUCUCCUCUAUUCCACACCCAAUGUGCAGCAGCCCGAGCCGGAUAUCCCCUCUCCUCCCCUCCGUCGCUGCAACUUCCUCCUCCGCCGCACUAUACCACCGCGCGCGAAGAACCUCGUUUGCUCUGCACAUUCCCAGGUGAAACAGGCACCGGCCUGAGCCCUCGCCCCCGCUCCCAAACUACCAUCCCACCCCCCGCCUCGCAGUCACGACUUCGACGCCAUCACCACAACCUCGAAAAAUAUGUACGCACCACAGUAUCCCACGCCUCCUCCGGGCUACAUGCCCUACGACUACCACCGCACCACGCCGCCCAUGUCCCCCGGCCCCGGUGCCAACUACUACUCUCCCCGCCACGCUCCUCAGAUGGCCACACCACGAGCAAGCCCAAAGGUCUCUGGCCACUCGCGCCGGGCAUCGCACGCCGUGCCAUCGACACAAUACCAGCAAUACACGGCCUCACCCCGAGGAGGAGGAGCUGUGCCCCACUAUGGCGCUGCCGAGUUUGCUGCCCCGCGCACCCACGCAACGCCGCGAGGCACCCCCGAAUAUGUAAGUUAUUUCGGUUACACUCUUCCAAGUCGGCAUCGCCGCGACUCAGACGUCCCGCCUCUCAAGCGCAGUCAUCGCGAGAGGAAGCGUCGUCCGUCGCAGUCGGCACGUCAGGUCCACACCAGAGUUGUCUACGACGACCGAGGCUACGGCUACGAAUGCGACUACGACGUCUACGAUUACCCACCGCCGCCGUACGAACAGUACGCGCGCCACGACAUGUACCGAGGGGAUGCUGAUCGCUAUUACUAUGAUCAGGUCCCAAUAUAUGAUCCAGAACCAAAGUCUAGCCGUCCCCGACGAGCCUCCGCAUCGACACGACAGCCAGCCGCCUCUCCCAAGAAGCCAGCCCCAACAAAGACUAGCCCCAAGGCUACCGAAGAAGACGCGCGCCGCGCUGGCAUUCCUGCCGGCUACUCAUACAAGAACUGGGACCCCACCGAAGAGCCCAUUAUGCUGCUAGGGUCCGUAUUCGACGCAAACUCGCUUGGCAAGUGGAUCUACGACUGGACCGUCUUCCACUACGGUCCUGCCACGCCUCUCGCCGAGAUGGCAGGUGAGCUGUGGCUCCUUCUCAUCCAGCUCGCUGGCAAAGUCAAGAGAGCCGACGAGACGAUGCCUAAGAUCCGCAAGAAGGAGAACCACGAAAUGGUCGAAGACUUCCUCGAGAGUGGCGAGCGCCUGUGGGUCCGCUUCGCUAAGCUUCUCAAAGUAUGCGAGGACUACAUGUGGAAGGCGGCCAAGAAAGAGAGUGGCAAGGAAAAGCCCGUGUCCAUGGGCAAGAACAGCGGCAAGGAGUUUGUCGAGUCCAUUUUUGGGCGCGACCGAGAGCUCGAGAAGACGGAGAAGCUCAUGACUGGAAUGCGUCUCUGGUCGAUGCGCUUCGACGCCAACUGCGAAGACAUCCUACGAUACCCAUCCGCCUAGGAUCGAUAACCUUUUUUCUUUACUCUAUACCUGGACGCUUUUGCGCUGGCGUUUUUCUGUCUUGGUAUAC